AUGUCGUUCUCACACCACCGUCGAACUCAAUCGGAGCUUCAUGUCCGAAUCCCCGACGAAUUUGAUCUUGAUCUCGAUAUGGAUCCCGUAUCCGACCACCAACUACCUCCGUUCUCACCUGCCUCUGCCACCGUGCCGCCCAUUGUGGAUAUCAGUAAAACCACCGUGAGGCCUGGUCACCGGCGCAGCAACUCGGCGGACGGCACCUCUUCUUCUUCAUUGUUGUUGGAAGGCAUUGAGGCCAAGAAGGCCAUGUCCCCUGACAAGCUCGCUGAAUUGUGGACUGUUGAUCCCAAGCGAGCCAAGAGGAUUUUGGCCAACCGUAAAUCGGCGGCCCGUUCAAAGGAGAGGAGAGCUUGUUAUGUGGUGGAGCUUGAGAGAAAAAUUCAGGUUCUUCAAACAGAAGCAACUACUCUUUCAGCCCAAUUAAAUCUUUUUCAGAGAGAUACAACUGGUUUGACUACUGAAAAUACUGAACUUAGGCUACGCUUACAAGCUAUGGAGCAACAAGCUAAGUUAUGUGAUGCUCUGAAUGAAGCACUGAAAAAAGAAGUUGAUAGACUCAAGAUUGCUACUGGAGAGAUGGUAACUCGUCCCAAUUCGAAUAGUUUGGCAAUGCAUCGGCCUUCAUAUUCUCAAGCUCCUUUCUUCUCGUUUCAAUCGCAACAUUUUGCAGGCGAACUUCACACCAUGCAAAUGCCUCCUUUGCAUCCACUGUCGCCUAAUAUGUCUUCCCCUCGACCGCUGAUUGAUGUAACUACUCCAUACAAUUUGUCAAACAUGUUGCCAAGUGAUCAUGUUCCUGUUGGCCAAUUUCAGGUGCUAGACAUAAGUCAUCCGAUCCCUCAUGUUCUGAUUCAUGAUGGUCCCUCCAUUUCUGUUAAUAAAAUCAACGAUGCCUUUUGA